AUGACGUAUAAAAAGUUUAUUUAUUUCUUUUGCAUUAAUUCGGUAUUAUGUUCCUUUGAGAUUCCAUAUAUUAAUGCUCAGCUAAUACCAUCUAAUGAACCUAUUUUAACACAACAGUAUUUAGAAGAUCACUUUCCCUUACUUCGAAGUACAUGUACAAAAAAUGCAUUAUCAACGCUCUUACCAAGAUGUGUGAAGGAAGGUUUUGAUCAGAUACCUUCUGAGUUGAAAUCAAAAACUGCAAUAGAAUUAACAUAUUGUGAAUUUCAAAUAAGUGGCUUAGAAGCUCAUAUAGAAAGUUGUUUAAAAAUAAGUUCUAAUGAUCCGGAAUCAAUAGUUUCAUGUAUGUUAGCAUCGGAUGUUGCAACUCAAUGGUGGACGACCUAUAGUGGUUAUUAUCAAAACCUUCCCACAGUUUGUUUUGAAAAUUCCUUGACUUUUGAAAAAGAACAAAUAUUAGAUUUAUUUUUGAAUGUUACACAGAUGUAUGAAAGAUUUAAUGGUGAAAUUAAUCAUCAAUUAGAUAAUAUUUUAAAUAAUGUUAAGAAUACAUCUGACGAAUUUAUAAAUGACUUAAAUCAAAAUUUUGAAGAAUCUAAAGAAAAUUUUCAAAAUGAAUUACAAGUAGAAAGAAAUGGAGUAAUUGUGGAAUUGAACAAGUUAAAAAAUGAAAUGAGCUCUAUGGAGAGUCUAACUGAGAAAAUUAAUAAUAAUGUUAAAUUACAAGAUAUGUUCAUAAAUGACUCCUUAACUAUAGCUCAGGCUGGUAUUGAUUCCAUUGUCAAUGCAGUGUUUAAUAAUAAUCUUGAUUUAGAAAUACAAUAUCUUAAACAAAAUCAUUAUACAGAUAUUAAAAAUAUGGGACAGAUCUCAAAAGAGUUCGUUUUUGGAUUACGAGAGAAUCAAAAUGACCUAUUUUUAGAAAUGACUGAAAAAUUGAAUAAAGCGUUACAGAAUGUGUCAGCUUUUUCCAAUAUGGUAGCUAAUGAACUAAGUUAUAAUGCUGAACUUGUAAAUGAGCUAGACGUUACUAUCAGAGGUUCUCUAAUGGAAAAUAUAAAUGAAAUAAUUUUACCAGAAUUGACCACCUUUAAAGAUCAAAUAAUUGACGACUGGUUUUCAAUGAGUCAAUUUUUAACAAAUGAAAUUAAUAUAUACAAUGAACAUAUUGUAGGAAGUUUUAAUAACAUUGAUUCUACAUUGAAUGAUACUAGAAUGAAAAUAUCAAAUAUAGAUCAAGGAUUGGAGAAACUAGAGACUCGUUUAAACUGUGUUAUUAAAACAUUUACAACCAUAAUCAACUUUUUUGGGAUGCUUCUAAAAUUGAUCACCAAUAGGUUUAUCUGGAUCUGUAUUAUCCCUAUUUUAACAUUUGCUAGAAUAUAUAGUAGCUAUAUGAACCCUUCCGUUUUACUCUACAAUUUUAAAAUAAUAAAAAUAGCAUUAGUUGCCAUCUCAAUUUAUUUAGGGUCAAUUUUUGGUGACACAAUAUUUCAUUUAAUACUUUAA